GAUGGGAACAUCGAGUACAAGCUAAAGCUAGUGAAUCCCUCACAAUAUCGCUUUGAGCACCUGGUGACACAGAUGAAGUGGCGGCUACAGGAAGGCCGAGGUGAGGCCGUCUAUCAGAUCGGCGUGGAGGACAACGGGCUGCUGGUGGGCCUCUCGGAGGAGGAGAUGCGUGCCUCGCUCAAGACACUGCGCCGUAUGGCAGAGAAGGUUGGGGCUGACAUUACGGUGCUGCGGGAGAGGGAGGUCGAUUACGACAGCGACGUCCCAAGGAAGAUAACGGAGGUGCUUGUCCGAAAGGUGCCUGACAACCAGCAGUUCUUAGACCUGCGAGUAGCUGUGCUGGGGAAUGUGGACUCAGGGAAGUCAACCCUGUUGGGUGUCCUAACGCAAGGCGAAUUGGACAACGGGCGGGGCAGAGCACGCCUCAACCUCUUCCGGCAUCUCCAUGAAAUCCAGUCAGGAAGAACAUCAAGCAUCAGCUUUGAGAUCCUCGGUUUCAACAGCAAAGGAGAGGUGGUAAAUUACAGUGACUCCCGAACAGCAGAAGAGAUCUGUGAGAGUUCUUCCAAAAUGAUCACUUUCAUUGACCUGGCUGGCCACCACAAGUAUCUGAAAACAACCAUCUUUGGCCUCACCAGCUACUGCCCGGACUUUGCUAUGCUGGUGGUUAGUGCCAACACUGGCAUUGCAGGCACAACGCGAGAGCACUUGGGCUUGGCCAUGGCCCUCAAGGUCCCCUUCUUCAUUGUCAUCAGCAAAGUUGACUUGUGUUCGAAAGCCACCGUGGAACGGACAGUGAAGCAGCUGGAGCGAAUCCUGAAGCAGCCAGGCUGCAAUAAGCUCCCCCUGCUUGUGAACUCGGAUGAUGAUGCUGUUACAGCAGCACAGCAGUUUGCACAGUCUCCCAACAUCACCCCAAUCUUCACACUAUCCAGUGUUUCUGGGGAGAACCUGGAUCUAUUAAAAGUCUUCCUCAACAUCCUCCCUCCACUGACAAACAGUAAAGAGCAGGAAGAACUAAUGCAGCAACUCACAGAGUUUCAGGUCGAUGAAAUUUAUACUGUGCCAGAGGUGGGGACUGUUGUGGGAGGAACUCUGUCGAGUGGGAUCUGCCGAGAAGGGGAGAACCUGGUGGUUGGUCCCACUGAUGACGGGAAGUUCCUCCGGCUGAAAGUGUGCAGUAUCCAACGCAACCGCUCUGCCUGCCGCGUUCUGCGGGCUGGGCAGGCAGCCACGCUGGCCCUUGGACCCUUUGACCGCUCCCUGCUGCGCAAGGGCAUGGUCAUGGUGAGCCCAGAAAUGAACCCCACCAUCUGCUCAGUGUUUGAAGCUGAGAUCGUGCUGUUGUUCCAUGCCACGACUUUCCGGAAGGGGUUUCAGGUGACGGUGCACGUGGGGAAUGUGCGACAGACUGCUAUCGUAGAGAAGAUCCACGGAAAGGACAAGCUGCGGACAGGAGAGAAGGCAGUCGUCCGUUUCAGGUUCAUCAAGCAUCCUGAAUACUUGAAGAUUGGAGCCAAGCUGCUUUUCCGUGAAGGAGUCACCAAAGGCAUUGGGCACGUCACUGACCUCCAAGCCAUCACCACCAAAGAAAACGGCCUGGAGGAGUCCCUGGGGCCUGGGCAGCUGAGUUUCUGACUACCACUAGGUCAGAGAGAUCUCUGCUCACCAACACCCGGGGAGAAGGAUGGAAGCUCCCGUGGCUCUCUGAGUGAUGCCUGGAGCUGCUG